AUGGCUGGCCCCCCCAACCUGAAUUACAGAGCGAAUCUGAAGGAAGUUCUUUGGACGCUAACUCCAGGGCACAGUCCAAGAUCAGAGUUGACAGCCCUCAGCACCCUGCCAUCCCUCAAUGCAGCAGCUGGAGCCCCAGAUGACCUGAUACUGCCUGGCCACCAGGAAAAGUUCCUCUUCCUUAUUGGGAGUGGUUCAGGCUCCCCCCGCUGCACCUUCCCCUUUAUUUACAAGGGGAGAUCGUACUCCUCAUGCACCACGGAUGGGCGCAGGGACAAGAAGCUCUGGUGCGCAACUACCGACAGCUACGCCAAGGAUGGCCGGUGGAGGUUCUGCUCUCCCAUGGGUCCAGACUCUCUGCCCUGCACCUUCCCCUUUAAGUACAAGGGGAAAUCGUACUCGGCCUGCACCAGGGAUGGAAGCACCGACAAGCGGCUCUGGUGCGCGACCACCAGCGAUUACGACAAGGACGGCAAAUGGAAGUUGUGCACCCAGAAGGGUGAGUCCUUGAGCUCUGUGUCACGCUGCCUAGAGCGGGUCGCAGCUGAGAACCUCGAUCUCUCUCCAUUUCACUUCUCAGUCUCUCCCGCCUGCGCCUUCCCCUUUAUUUACAAGGGGAAAUCGUAUUCGGCCUGCACCCGGGAUGGGACCAGAAGCAGGCUGCGCUGGUGCGCGACCACCACGAACUACGACACGGACGGCAGGUGGAGGUACUGCAGCGUGACGGAUUACGACAAUGGAGAAGCGUGUGUUUUCCCUUUCACCUACAAGGGCAAACGCUUCUCUGCUUGUACCAAGUUUGACAAUCUCUUCGGGAGGUUCUGGUGUGCCACCACUGACAGCUACCACAUGGACCGCCAGUGGGUUUUCUGUCCCGACUGAGGAGGGAGAAGGAGGAGCUGAAGGGACGGGCAGUGCCAGAGCCGUCGACGUCCUGUGACACCACUUCGAUGGAGGGGGCUGCUGGAUAAAAACCCAGGCCAAGAUUCUCAGAAGCGAAGAGUGAUUUUGGGUGUCCACCUCGAGAUGCCUUCAAAGGGCAGGUGCUCAGUGCUUGUGGAAGAUCAGGCUCUGUUUAAGGUGCUGAGCAACUGCCCCUUUAAGGCGAUACAACGUGGGUGCCCAAAAUCCUGACGCUGGCUUGAAAAUCCUGAGACCCAUCCUGGGCUG